GCACAGUGCGAAGAUCUGCUGCGCCUAUGUCGGGCCGUAGAUCGCCGAGCUUGGUAAGGGAGCCUACGCAGAAGCCCCCGCCAGCGGGGAGGGCUGUGCAUUUUCGCCCACAUCCCGAGGGGCUGACAUUUAUGCUGAAUUCAGAGUCCCAGCCCGGUGAUGUGAUGGACUCUAAUCCUCAGUCGCUUUGCACCCCAUUUCCCUGUACUGCUGCUAAUGGCCGGAGAGGACCCAAACAACUAGCAAGCAGUCCGGAGAUAGGGGAUGCCCGUCCAAAGCCACCCGUGAAACCCAAGCCCUGUGUGUUGCCAAAGCCAGCCAUGCCAGUGAAGCCUGUUCCUGGACAGCGUCAGGCUCUCUCUGAGGUGCCCUCUGCUGAAAAGAUCAACUUGUUGGCUGGGCCCAAGCCAUAUAGUGGUGGGGCUGGCAAUGCUGUUAAGCGUCUUUCUUUUGGUCUAAAGACCUCUCCAAGAGAAGCUACCAAUGGGAAAGAGGUUUUGUAUCCAUUUUCCACUACAGCCAAACCAGCUGGAGAUGGAGAAGGAACUGGGUCUGCAAAUAAAUCAAGUGCUGUGGAGGGAGCAACCGGAGAGGAGUGUGGAGAGUCCUCCAGUGUUCGCAAAGGUGCUGUUCCCUUCAAAGUAAUACCGGUGCCAGUAGCAGCCAAACCAGAGCGUUUUCCUGGGACCACAGUGGAGGAGAUUUUGGCCAAGAUGGAGAAGCCCAACAAAGAAGGGGCAAGCAGCCCUGACAGGCCUCGGCUGGUACGCUCCUUCUUCAGCCAGGAUAGUAGCACAGCUGUCCACCUGGGGCCUAAGGGUUAUGCUGCAUUCCGGAGAUAUUCCAGUGGAGAAGGGGGUGAAACAGAGUCGGAGGGUCCUGCUUGCAGAGCCUCUUGUGAAGUUGAGGACAGCAUAUUGUCAAGGAACAAGGAGGAAAUCACAAGCUCAAAUGGUCAGCAUCUGCCUGAAUCUGAGCUACCAGCAAGAGCAACGGAGAGAAACUUAGAUUUACUCUCUAAGGACAGCAGCUCCAGUCAACCUAGCAUGAGCUGUGAUGGAGGCCAACCUGGAUAUAGCAGUCUACUGUCUCCUCCUGGUGUCUCUCUCCCCAAGACCUAUCAACUCCUCACGAAGCUUUCUUCUCGAGUCACUCCUGGGUCCCCUGAUGCCCCUGCUGAAUCAGCCCAGUCCUCAGAGAGCCCACAUUUUCCAGCAGAUGUCCCAAGUGCUGAAGCUCAGCUUCCCCCAGGCUCUCCUGAUGCACCUACUGAACCCCUCAGAUCUCCUGUUAAGGUCUCCCUUGGUCAUGCCCAGGCUCCAGGUUCCCCUCUUGCCCUAUCUGAUCCCUGCCCCCCAGGAUCCCCCAGUGGUUUCCUAGGACACUCCUUGUCUUCAGGUCUUGGGGACCUUUCUGCAAGAUGUGCUGGGCCAUCUGCCAGUUUGACUCAUCCUCCUGCUGAGCACAGCCUGGCACCCCCCUGUGGUCUCCGAGGAGUGUCGGAGUCCCCUGGCUCCCCGAGCACUCCUUCUGAGUACCUUGCUAGUUCUGAUAAACCUCCUGGCUCUCCCUCUCAUGCACAAGCCUCCCCCUUACUCUCCAGGGAUAAGGAUUCCCUCGACAAUCAAGCACCAACAUUACCAUUUAAGGGUAAAGACCCCCAAUUAUCUCAACUGGUUCUACGGCGUGCCUCAGAAGGGGUGUUGCAACCACGGGGUAAAAAAAUGGACAAGGAGGAGCUGGGAGGGUCUUUGGCUGUCUUGCCAAGAGGAGGGGACCCAGCUUUAGAGCAGGCUGCAGGGGGAGAGUCCAAUUGGAGCUUGUCACAGUCCUUUGAAUGGUCGUUCCCUAACCGGGCUCUUGAGUUUGGUGGAAGGAGACUGGGGUCUCCUCCAAGGUCUCCCAUUGCGGAGGCUGAUGAUACUGGUCUCUUGGAGGCAGAAUUGGAUAGAGAGAGCCUCAGCCCCAAAGGGUCUUAUAAGGAAAGAGGUUCAGAGGGCCAGAGAGGAGAGGAGACUGAGGCUUAUGGGAGCUUAUUCUGCCACAGCAAUUCCAGGAGUUCCCCAGGGAUCAGGAGAAAGGCUGAGGACCAGCUGGAGUCCCCUUCAGCCCUUGAGAUAUCAGCACCUGGAGGUCCCUCAACUCUGAGGGAGCCUAUUAGCCCCAAGCUCAAGGGCCCUAUAGCAGCAGCAGAGGUUGGUUGUCAAGAGGAGCAUGAUGGUUUCUUACCCUUUGUCCCAACCCCUGAGGAAGGGGCUUUAAGGGCAAUGGAGCCAUUGCCAAGUGUAGAGCAGGCUGCCCCUCCUGCAGAGCCUUGCAUCUUAUUCUCUGAAGAUGUCCAGGUGCGGACAGCUGCUUCCUGCCAAGAAGAUGAUGGUGCUGUAGGUCUGGCACGUGAAGGCAAGUUGGGGGUUGCUGACCCUGAAAGGAGGGCUGACCCUGAUCCAGGCUCACACUGGCUCGAUGAACUGCUGGCAUCUCCUCCGCCUAGUGCUGAUGACAUAAAGAAGAGAAGUACGCCCAAGUCAGAAGACCCUACAGGACCGGAGGAUCUUCUGGGAUGGUCAAGGAAGGAUCUUCACAGCGAGUUUGGCUUUGUAGAAGUUGAUCGGUCUGCUACCUUUGGCAUGGGUUGGGCUGCUGGUGUUGGCAAGGUAGUUUGGCCUGGUGAGACAGAGCAGGAUCGAGAAUUUGGCACUGGCCCACAGGAGUGGCUGAGCUCGUACAGUGAUGCCAAAAGGCAGGAUAUGGAAUUUGGUUCCAGCCAGAAAGUCUGGACCAGAGGAACACCAUUGCAGGACAGUUCUAAUCCAGGGCAAGAAGAUUGGAUCACUGCCUAUGGCAGCAGCUGUGGUGACCAGAAGAUUGAGGAGCCAGAUUGGAGCAGCACAUAUAGCAUCAGCACUGCUGAGUGUCAGGACCGAGAGCCAUACGUGAGAAAACCAGGCUGGCCCAGACUCUGCAGUAAUGAAGAUGAUCAGGAGAGCAGCAAGUCUGCUGCUGAGAAAAUGGGUUGGAGCAGCCCCUAUCAUGUUGGUGCUACUGAAAGAACUGACUGGCCCAAUAAAUACAGUGAAGAAAAGGAUAGCUGUCCAGAAUUGGAGGUUAACACAAAAUCAUCAGAUGCGUUUAGCAAAUAUGGUACUCACAGCCACCAGGAUGCAGAGCUCAGUGCCAGGCAUUUAGAGGGGCCCAGUGAUCACAGUGCUGUCAAUGUUGGCUCUCAGGAUGCCACAUCCAGUGCCAGCCAGUCAGGCUGGCCUAGUGAUUCCAAUGUUGACAGCAGGGCUAGCCCAGUGCAGUCAGAGUCCCAUGCCAACCAGGUGGAGCAACCUAGUGAAUAUAGUGCCAAUCAUCCAGAAUCCCAGGUUAGCAUCCAACAGCGACUACGACCCAAUACAUAUGGCUUUGAUGAUGGCAGCUGCCAGGAGUCUGAACUGAGUGUCAAACAGUCUGAUUGGCCCAGCAGAUAUGUCAUGGGUAUUCCCCAAAGCCAUGAUGGUGUGUUCAGUGCUGAAAAACCAGAUGGAGCCAGUGAGUAUGAUGAUAAUCAAACACGCUGGGAAAGAGAACUCAGUAUUUCAAGCAGAAGCAGCACCACUGAAUUUGAGGCUGGUGAUCUGGAGUACUGUGCCCGGAAGCCAGUCUGGGCUGAUGAUUACAAUCUUAGGGAAUCUGAUCUACAAGAUAGUGAUUUCCCCAUUGCCACAAGAGAAUGGGUCAGAGACACUGAUGUCUCAGCAACUAAACAAAAUAACCAGUUAGGUGCUAUAGGGAAGGACCGAGCUGGUAGUUUUGGUCCAAUAGAGUUACCAAGUCUAAGUGUGACCGUGGAUUUGGAGGAGACAGCUGGCAGCCUGGUAGGUCAGUCUGGAGACUUAAUAGCAGUUGCUAUGGAUGAGCCUAGAGGAGUUGGAGAGGGGCAGCCUGAGUGGACUCAAGAUCUUGGCCUCAGAGGCAUGGAUCUCUCAAAAGACUUGAAAGUUGGGAGCCCAGAUGCAUCUGAAAAACCUACAGAGAAGCAGCUUCAUUGGUUUCCUUCCUUGGGUCUGGAAACCUUGUCUGCUUCAUCAGAUGUAAGGACUGUGAAUCCAGAGGAGACCAGAGAGCCUGGUGUGGGACAAGCAGAUUUGGCCUACAGAUCUGGCACUGAAAGCAUGGAACUGUCUGAUUUGAGGCCCAAGGCUUUGGAUGGGGCUGAGGAAGUAGAUCUAAUACAGAUGGACUGGACUGGUGCAACUGGGAUAAAGCAUAAGGACAGCAGCUAUCAGUUUGGAGCGACACCUUUGGAUGGUGAUGAGAUGGAGCAUCCAAGAGCAGCUGGAGUCUCUGGAGAAAGCAGAAAAUUCCGUAGUGAGCGACUCUCCAGCCCCAGCUGCCUGCAGGAAGACAUGGUUUCCAAUAGUGCUGUCAAAGAGGUGGCCCAGCAGAAGAGACCUGCCUCCUUCCACAGCUGCCAUUCAGAAGAAGAGAGGAUACUGCGCAGCUUGCGUAAUAACCAGGGGGCUUUUGCUGAAAGGGCUGAAGGACUGCCUUUCUCAGCAAAGGAGGAUGGAAAAGCUUUGUCUGCUGCAGAUGGUGGGGACAGCCAGUUAGACAGUGGAAAUGGGAGUCAGCUACCCGUGGACCUGAGAGUGUUGAAUCAUCCAGAGCAAAAUGGAAGUCAAGCUGCACAGCCCAUAUCACAGAAGGCUCCUGCUUUAGAGGGAGCUAUUGCUCCUGAAGGGGAGAACUUCAUCUUCUUAGAGGAUACAGAGGUUCUUGACAACACUGUGUAUCGUGACCGUGUUAAUUUGGGCCGUAAGCGAGGUCAUCGUGCACCAGCCACCCGGUCUGGAGGGGCUCUUUCGGAGAACGACGGAGACAAUUGGAUGUUCAGAGAUUCCACAGAGCCUCGAAUAGUUUCUGCGGUCUCUGAUGAAGAAGCCCCAGAGGAACCAAGGAGCAGGAAGUCACGAACAUCUCCACUGUCAAAGGGGGUAAAGGUCCCUCUCUUCCCAGGGCUGAACCCAUCGGCAUUGAAGGCCAAGUUGCGAGGCCGAAACCGUUCUGCUGAGGAAGGGGAUCCACAAAGUGAGGCCAAGGAAACCCAUGUUCAGCGCUCUAAAUCGUGCAAGAUUGCCAACAUCACUGGGAAGCCUCUGGUGCUGCCACCCAAACCAGAGAAAUCCUCAGGGUCAGAAACAUCCUCACCCAAUUGGCUGCAAGUUCUGAAGUUGAAAAAGAAGAAGUCUUGAAAUAAAAACAUUCAGGUGUUGCUCUCCUGCUACUGGGGCCCUGACAGCUGAAGUUCCAGUGAGCUGUUCACGGGUGGGAGGCAGCAUGUUGGGUCUGGAGCCAGAAUCCCCACCUAACAACUUAGAGGGAUUGGGGUGGGGUGGGGUGGGGUGGGGGGAGGUGGGGAGGGGAGAGGGGGGACGAGGCACAUUUAUGCACUUUGUAUCACAUUCAGUCACUCAUGCAUAUGGCGGUCAGAUGCUCUCUGCCGCUGUCCUGGCUGUUUUCUCCUUUUUUUCCUCCUUCUUAUACCACAUACAUUUUUAUAAAGUACCUUUAUUCUUUUUUUGUAACCAGUCAAGGAGCUUUGUGCUGGCCCCCUUUUCUUUCACCCCAAGGUAGGGAGGGAAGACAAAGAGGUGAGGCUUCUGCUUUCUCGGCUGCCAUAUAAUGCAUUUCAGACAAAAGAAGAAUGGAUUUCUCCCCCUUUGGCCACUUGAAACAAAUAAAGGUUUUAUGGUUAAGGAG